GUUGUGUUUUUAAACGUAACCAACAUCUUCACAUCUUGCUUCGCUCUCAUCAUUCUCCACACACACGCCCGCACACACAAACAUACAUGCAUGCGCGCGCGCACACACACACGUACACAUACACACUCUUAUACCCAACCCGGGUCCCUGCAGCCCACAACGAUUUGUAAAGGUUUGCUGAGGAGUAGUGGAAGGAAGAAUUAAAUGACGGCUAGAAAAACCACAGUACUGGCUGACAGCACGAAAGAGUGAGAGAGAGAGGGGGGUAUCGACAUAGAGAGAGAGAGACAGAGGGGGGCAUCGGCAUAGAAAAAGAGAGAGAUUCAGUUAAUUCCUUAAAGCACGAGGUAAACACAGGGGACAAUUUUUUUUAACUUGAGAACAAAUAACUGUGAUUUUACAACCUCAUCGACCUCCGUUUACCUCAAGAUUAUACCAUGAAGUACAGAUCAGGUAAAUCUUCAUCACCUGUAACACCCAAAACAUGUUAUAUGCUUCCAGAAAUUCCAACAUUAAUUCCCACGAAAGACAACCAGGAAAUGAGCAAGAAAUCGCUUUUCCUAUUAGGGUACCGUGAUUGCAGUUAUGAAGCAUUGCGGUAUAUGAUUGAAGUUGAGAAGAUUGCUCAAGAUGAUCCACUCAUACUUGGAUUACAGCAACACCUGGAACAGCAUCAACUCCGUAUGGACAUUCAGUCUUUGAUUGACAGUGAACUUGGCAACUUGGACAGAUCAGAUGAUAGUGAAGAUUUAAAUAAAAUAUCUCCAAAAUCUUCUCCAGACACUAGUUCUUCAAACAAUGAACUGCCAUUAACCACACAUUUAAAAUCAGAACAUAAUAGUGCUGACAGCACGUCUCCACAAAUGACUGUUACAUCAACAACUGCUAUACAAACUAAGGUAUGUCCAAACAAAUCAGACAGUUUAAAUGGCAACUGUUGCCAAGAUAAUAACAAUAACAGUCAAAAACAUAGUAACAGAACUAUAAAAAAGAAAAGAGAACUAUCAUUAUCUCCUGCUGACUGUGAAGCAAAUUGUCUCCUAGAAAAAGAGACUCUUUGCAAAAAGAGACGUUUAGAGAAUUCUAAUGCAGUGAAAAUGGAUGACAGCACAAAAUGGAGCCAGCUCAAUCUCUCCAUAGCUACAGUUGCUCAAGAGUUGAUUGUUCUUCUUGAAAAUGAAAAUCCAUUCUUUGAAGAUGAUUCCUAUGUAGAAGAAGAACUUGUUAUGAAUGAGGAGUUUGCCAAGUGACCAGAGUCUGGAUUUGUAGGUUAAAUAUCAUGUGACAUUGAAAAAAAAAAGAGGGAAUAAAACAGGCUUCAGGCAUCAUCGUUACUCAUGACUUGGACAUUUUGGAGAGAGAGAGAGAAUAACAAUAAUAAUAAUAACUCAAUUUGGAAAACAAAUUAACAUCUUACACUGGGAUAGGGGGGGGGGGUAAGUGAACAACGUAGUAUAUGGUUACAACUGAUCACAUGAGCAAAUUAUUAGUAUCACAACACAUUAAAUGACUAGAACAUGUGAACAUCGGUAAAUCAGUGUUAGGAUAUAUGUUUUGCUGAACAGUUUUCAAAGACUUAGUUUAACACCAUUAUAUAUUGUUAUAUUGUAAUAACUAAACACUUAGGCUUGCAAACAAGUUUUGAGUGAGAAAUACAAUAAAUGAUUAUCGAUGAGAAUAUAUAAGAAGAAAAUGGAUCAUGAACAUAAGAACAUAGAGGUAAUUCAUCAGCGUAUCUAGCAGUUCCUUAAUAUAUUCUCUGAUGGUCUGUAAAAUCCUUUAACAUAAUUUUAAUGAUAACACUAUCAAUAUAUUUUUGUGAGAGCAAAAGAAUGACAUACAAGAACAUCUUGAUACACAUCGUUUGUUGUUGAGUGGUUAAGAUGCUGGAUUACUGACUCGUGUUUAAAUUCAAACUCUGCUCCCAGCAAUGAUCAUAUGGCAUAGCUUAUUAUUUUUGUCUCUGUCAUAGAUGAGAGUUGGUGUUGUUACAUAAGCCAUUUCAUUAUGCUGUUGAGCAAGUCUCAUCACUACUUUCUUAACUUAUAUACAGAGGUGCAGGAACGAAAUUUGCUUAGGGGGUGCAAACCCAGUUUUUUAGGAAGAUAUUCAAACCUUAUUCAUUGCUCCACAUAAAUUUUAGGGGGUGUAUUUGCACCUCCUGUUCCUGAGCCUGUGUUCAUAUAUUCAAUCUACUUGAAUACAGCCACCACAUCACCCGUUUCACUGUUCAAUGCUCCAACAAUUAAUUCAAGCAAAUAAACUGAAUUUCCCAAAUCAGCCAAACUCACAGGAAAAUAAAACACUAUAAAAUCUUAAAUAAAUUCUUGAAUAGGGAUGCUUGAGUUCAUAUAAUUGUUGUAGAGGUGGCGAUGUUAUCAGCGAUAUGGAAGGGAGAUAAUAAAUAAAUGGAGUUGGUAGUUGUGGAGGUGGUGCCGUUGAUAGUGGUAUGGAAGGGAGAUAAUAAAUACAUAACUUUCUAGCAUUCUAGAAUUGUUGACUAGUUUUCUACUCGUUUCUUUUAAAGUUGCUUAUGUCCGUGUAUAACACGACCCGCUUCUCUUCCCCAAAAGGUAUGGCUUGAUGCAGUGGAGGUUUGACUCAGAUCAAGAUUAGCUUUGUGUUAUACUUUAAAAAAAUUAUAGUAUUUAUCGUCAUAUAGUAAUGUUGAUAAUUUGUAAAUAUAACUAAAUAAUUUAUUUUUUUUUGUAAGUCUGGAAUUCUUUUUCACAAAAAUAAUGAUUACAGCGAGUUGAAUUUUAAAAAAUUUUUAUAUCAUUGGGUAUUGUUAUUCGUAAAUUCCAAAAGAAUUAAAGUACAAAUUUAACAUUUGCCAGAGUUGAACUUAGAAUUGAGAGGAAUAAAAGUAAAGUGUAAAUGAUCUUUAACCCCAGAUCAGCCCAAAUUGUGUAAACUUACGGUCAAAGGUAUUUCAAGUAUGUCCAUCGCGGUUUUUCCCUUUCAUUAUUAUUUCAGAUUGAGUAUAUAUCUAGGACUACAUUAUUUAAUGCAUUCAUAACUUUAAGAUAGUAGGGUGUGGCUAUAUGAGUGAUUUCUUGCAGGUUGUGCAACAAUAUAGAUCAGUCAUGGACAAACUGUAGCCUGUGGGACUUUCUGAAUGGCACAACAAUCGAAAAAUUAUCUUGAAGUCUGUUAAUGGUGCAAGCCAUCUGUUGAUAAACCAUGUCUCACUUCUUGAAAAGGGUUACCUGUGUUUGACAUGGAGUCUUCUGCAUCUGCUUAAAAUCCCAUGAAUCAGUUGAUUUAGUACUCUCCUAUCUCCUGCAAUUCCAUUACUUCAAUGAGUAACAACAUUAGUCUCAACAGAGUCUGGAUAUUAAACGAUGUCUGAUACGCUUACAUCAUAUGAUGUAGAAUUGGUAUUGUCUUUCAGGUUAAGAUAGCUUUUAAUACAUGGGGUGUUGAACUCUUGGUUGAUCACUCAGGAGUUUUGCUGCACUCCAAGUAAAUACUUUCUAAAUACUUACUAAAUACUUUCUAUCUCACUUUUUCCAAGAGUGGGUUGUUGUUGCUGUGAUAGUUGUUAAGCAACUUUCAUCUCUUGCUCAGUUCUGCUUGAGCAUGCUGAGGCAUGGAAUAAAUUAUCUGCAUCAGUUGUUUGUUGUCAAGACUUCAAAACUUCCAUGCCUUCUGAAAUUCACCAACAGUACACCUGGUGCCUCCACUCCUUUUUUUUUUUUUUUUUUUUUGUAGACUUAUUCUCUGUUCACUUCCUACCUGCUGCAGUUUUAGUUACUUUCCCCUCUGAGUCGUAGUGCACCUGAGCACUCUAUACAAUAAGUUCAUUAUUAUUAUAUAGUAGUUGUCAGCUAAUAUAAGAACGAGAAGGAGACAGCAUUAAGUGAUGGAUUGCUAAACAACUAGAAACGUUUAGCCUACAGAUUAGAAACAUUGUGAUCAAAUCCUCAGUCAUAAUAAUAAUUAAUUAUUAAAAAAAACUUUAAAACUUUUUUUUUUUAUCUUUGUACAAAGUGUUAAAUGACUUGUUUGAAAAUAAUGUGUGAUAACUUUCUUUUAUCAAAUGCUUUAUCUUGAAAUAUAAUAUUUAUUAACAUUUAUUUGUUGAAAUUAGCUUUUGUUGAUGUCAAAGUCAGUUUCAGUUUUUUUGUGAAAAUAAAUGUAAAUCUAUAUUUUCCCCUGUUAAAUAUAAAACAUUUAAUGAAUAAAAAACAAAUGUAACAAAACAAAAAAUAAAUUUGCAAUA